AUGGCUAAUAGUCUUCCUCUGAGUCCGGUCAAGGACGCCUAUGCUCUUGACCUUGGCAAUGGUGGAGCGACUUGGAAAGACACCGCAGCUGAGUUAGUCCAGAAAAAGGACGCAGAGAGACUGAGCCCAAAGCCCAGGUGCUCAGAGAGGAGUCUGGCCAACAAGCCUAAACCGUAUUUUGUGGUCGGGCUUGUUGAAAUCGCCGGAGCCCGGGGUGGGCAGGCGGUGGGGGCCUCAGACUCGGGGCUCGGCGCGCGGGUGCCGCCUGGCCAGCAGGGGGCGCGCGCGGCGCCGUCACCCAGGGGAGCCGCCCCGGGAGCGCGCGCGGGUUCCGGACUCCUGGCUUCCUGCAGCAUUCUGCUGGGGUCCCCGGCGCGGCACCUGCGGCGGGCGGCUCUCCCGCUGGGGCGCGGGGCCACCGCCACUCGGCACCCAGGCCGAAGCCGGCGCGGUGACGGGCCGGAUCCGGGGGCUGUGCCUCCAGCUUCCGGGGAGACUCCAGGGCAUCAGUGGACUCCAUGCCAAUGUGGAGCCCAGCGUGGGCUUGAACUCAUGACCCUGAGAUCAAGACCUGAGCUGAGAGCAAGUGCUGGAUCCUUAACCCACCGAACGGCCCAGGUACCCCUGGAGGUGUAUUUUAAUGCACAGAUUUUUCUCUCAGUGUGGAUCAUCUUCUCCUGAUUUUUUGCAUGCCUGGUAAUUUUGGAUUGGAUGUCAGACAUUGUAAACUUACCUUGAUGGUUGCUGGAUAUUUUUGUACUCCUGUAAAUAAUUUUAUUAUCUUAUAAUAUG